AAGAAAUAUAAAGCUCCAUCAGUAGUCGUCAAACCCUAUCUUCUCCGUCUUCGUCGACGCGCUCUCUCGCCUCCACCAACCCUAAUCGAAUUCGACUGAACGAUAUGCAUUUCGAAGCUUUCUUCGAAUCGGGGGCCUGCGGUCCCUCGAUUUUUAGCUGAGUUCUCUCUAAUUGGCAGGUUGUGGAAUCAAGCAGUGAUAUUCCGCCGAGGUUAUUCGAAAGCGUUCAUGGAGGAUUCCGCCGCCGCGGCGUCGUCAGCGGACGACGGACCGGAGUCUUGGGAGAUUGCUGAUGUCGACGCCAGCAUGCGCCGACUCAUGCUUACCUCCAGAAAGGAUUCGAAUAAUAAGCAGGAAGAGACUGCUGAGGGUUCCGGUGUCAGUUCGGCCGUGGGGAAGGGCUCGAAUGGACCGACGGAGGAUUUGAUUAACUCGGUGGAUAACUUUCUGCGGGAAGCUAUACAGAAUCCUCGCGAGCGUGUCUCUGUUUUGCGGAUGGAGCAGGAGGUGGAGAAGUUCAUCCGGGAUCCAACUAGAGAGCAAAUGGAGUUUCAACAGCUUCCGACUUCUUACUUACGCUUGGCUGCACAUCGUGUAGCACAACACUACUCACUGCAGUCAAUGGUUUUAUUGGAUAAUAGCUUACCUGAUGGCUCUGGAUCCAGAAUCAUUGUUCGCAAAACUUCUAAUAUCCGGCGUCCUUUGCUUCGACUUGCCGAAAUUCCUGUAAAUUUACCCACCGAAGAGAGUGGUUCUGUCAAGGUUGCUAUUAAGCAGAGGCCACAAAAGGCAUCACAUAGUAGUGGCAACUCAAAUUUGCAAUCGGCAAAAUCGAAUAGUUCCAAAAGCGUGGAGGAAAGGAAGGAGGAAUAUAAUAAGGCCCGAGCACGGAUUUUUAGCUCCAGCAGUUCUAGUGGAACCUCCAGUGGUAAGCUAGAAAGCAAUCCAAGAAUUCAGGAUACUUUUCAACAAGGUUCGCUCGCAAGAACAAAGACGGAAGAGAGAAAUUUUCAAGUUGAUGAAUCCGAUGUGAUGAUUAGCAGAAGUUUAUCCGACUCUUCUGCAUCAAAUAGAAGAGGGCCUAGAAAUAGGACAGAUAAGGAGCCCAUUGGCAGAACAAAGACAAAUAAUAGGGUGGCUAUCUUCCGAGAUCGUGAGGUUGAUCGGAAAGAUCCAGACUAUAAUAGGAGCUAUGACAGAUAUGUGCAGAGGUUUGACCCUGGUUUUGGAUUUACUGGAGGUCCGUAUGCUGUUCAGCCUAUGUAUGCACCUGCAAUAAACUACAACACGGAGUUCCCACAGCUUGGAUCAAACCACAGGCUCCAAAUUUCUUCUGAGCAUCAGCCUCGACCUGUUCCCCAGCAACUACCUGGGCCAUGGGUUCCUCCAUCUGCUCCUGCCGGGAUUGGGUAUGGUCCUGCUGAUGCCAUGUUGUCUCCAUUUAGUUCUGGUCAUGUCAAUGCACAUCCCAACCCUGCUCUGUACCUACACUCUCCUCAGUACCCCACACAGAGACCUGGACUGCCGUAUAUUCGUCCUCUUGAACCUAUUCACCAGCCCUUUUCACAGCCACAUCAGCAGCAGCAUCCUGAUGCAAGUUUCGGACUAGCCCGGCCCCGGUGAGGGGCCUGGACCAUGCCUGCACCCUGGUAGGAAAUAACUGGCCUCGAUCUGACCUUAGCAGCAGCAUAUAUGGCCAUUACUGACCAGGGUGCAGGCAAAAUGAACUGGGACCUGCUGGGUAAUGGCAUCUGAUCUUGCACUGGAUGCUUGUAAUCUUUCCGGCCGGUCCCAGUUCAACAUAGCUCUGUGUUCAACAGGGCUUGUAAAACAGUGGCACUGGACAUGUUUAGUACUUUGUCAGUGCCCAUGAUGACGAUGAAGAAAUCGGAGAAGGCGGAGCUUUCAUAUUUGUGGUCCAUGUUUGGCACAGCACUGGUUCAUAUCUUGUGGAGUUGAAAUAUGGCUCUCAUUUGACUACACGGUUGGUCUCUGAUCUGAUUAUCGGUGCUAUGAUGCUAACUUGGGCUUUUGUUUAGAACUCUGGUUGUAACUCGUUUAAUGUUUGUCUUAGUUGCUUAAAUAACAAGAUGAAUUACUACAGUUAGUUCUAAGAGCUAUACUGCCUUUGAUCAAUGAAUCUUGUCAAAUCUUUGUGCUUGUUUUCCCGAAACAUUCGACUGGUGCGUAUACCCUCUAUGCUGAUGUUUGUGGGAGCUUAAGUUAUUAUAUGGGAGGUAAAACCUCAUCCUGACUUAUUUUAAAUUUUGUGUGCUACUCUGUUGGCUAAAGAGACAAAAAUAUGCAUAUUCUCUAACAAAUGCAUAGGUCUAAGAUGUUUAUAAGCUCAACAUAUGAUAUAUAGAUUAAAAGACAAGCGAUGUUUGCUACCUCAGUUUUGCUUAAUGUAGUAUAUUUUAUAUGGAGUUAUAUAUACAUAUAUAUAUAUAUAUGUGUGUGUGUGUGUGUGUAUGUGCCUGCAUGCAUGUGCUUUCUACUAAAUAUAUACGUGCUAAAAAUUAUAUAGUAGCGUUAUAUGUGCCUUUCAAAUUGUUUCUGCAUGCUUCUACGUCUGAAUUCUCUAGAGAUAAUCUUCAAUUACACUAGCAUAGGCAUGUUGAAAUUGUAUCUCUACAUCUGGUGCAUUUGCAAAUUCCCUUCGCACAUGUUAUUGGAAAGUUCAAUAGGUAUGUAAAGAUGUAUUUUAAACCAUCGUUACAUCUAAACGCUCUGGAUAUCAUCGUCAAAUGUUCUAGUUAAAAAAUCACAUAGUUGUGCUAUAUGUGUUUGGAAGUCUUGCUACAUCACAAAUAUGUGUUAAAAAGAGUGUUGAGAGAUGUGUUUGAAAACAUCACUCUGAAGAUUUCCUCACAUAUACAUGUUAAAAAAUUUCCAUAAACAUGCUUAAGUCUUAACACAUGUGUAAAAGAUCUUAUUCACAUUCGGGGUAUCCAGAGAUUCUCCUCAAAUAGACAUGUAAUAGAUUUUAUUUCUACAUUCGGAGAAGGUGAAAUGUUUCAUAGUGUGUUGAAACUUAAAUAUAGGUAUGAAAUCAAAGAUUCUCUCAAAUAGGGCAACUUUUCUAGCUGCUACUGAAACCAAUGCCAACAAAAAACAAAAAGUUAUCUGAUCUUUCUAAUAAAUAAUGGAAACAAACUUAUUUGAUAUUGCUGAUUAAUGCAUUGGGGAACAGAGAGACUAGGACAAUGUUACAUCCUUGUGGAAUUCAUGAAGUCCAAAUGUUCAUUAGAGGGAGGGCAUGUUUGAAUUCAUAUUAGAGUAGCAAGCAAGAGCAUGCACUGCAACAACCUUCUUGCCUUUGUUUUUUAUAUCCCUACACAUGUUUGAGGAGACAUUAUUUAUCUGUUUCAUAUACUAAGUCAGUCUUCCUAUGCACACUUAACGUUCCCUUAGCUUCAAUUCUCUUGUGUCCCCUUGAAUAAAACCUUAAAAUCAGUAAAGCUAUUUCACAUGCUAUCUAAGGCAUGGGUGGUGUUUUGAGAUGAUGUACCACACAUACACAUGUUAAAGCAAUUCUAGAUAUCUUUUUAGCAGGAGCUAAGGAAAGGGCCGAGGCUUUACAGUUUAUGGCCGUGGUGCCCUUUCUCGUGCCCCCACGACUGUAUGUGUUGGUACACAAGUUGUAUAAAUUCAGGCCGAUGGUUCUAACAGUUUCACAUGGUUUCCUCACUUGUGGGAUUUCCUGCGUUUGAGUAGCUUGUGUAAACAGAUCUUGGAGAUGGAGAAGCAGAACACGGACCUGUUCCUGGCCAACUGUGUGAUGAUUUGUGAGAAUGAAAGGCUGCGCAGGGAAGCCGAGCGUCUCAAUAAGGAGAACCAGGCGUUGCUGUCACAGUUGAAGCAGAGAUUUUCAGGUGAACAAAAAUCUGAAACCCGUGCCAGCACCAGCAGCAGCGCAGGCAGAGGCGCGGGAAUCAGAUUGAUGACGGGUGACCAGAAGUGAGAUUACUCAGUUCUCCAGGAGAGUUAAUGUAGAAUGACCAUGAGCCAUAAGCCAUCCCUACUUCCAUUAAUGCAUACUCCUUUAACUAAAAUACUCGAUUAUAACAAAAAUCAUCAGUUGUAUGAUGUUAUAUGGAUGAGGAAUAAAAUUCUAUGAACUAGUUUAUGGCCCUACUAUUUGUUCCAGUGGUGUCUUUUAUUGUUGGUU